AUGGACUCAAAAAGUUACCAGAAUCCUGAGCUACUCUUUGAAGACCUUCCAACAGAUGCUCUUGGCAAGGGAAUGCCAGCGUUGGCCGUCAAAUCGGGCAUUGAUCGUUUGCUUGAGCAUGAUAUCGAACCCGAACGCAAUCUUGGAAGCUUUGUAUCUACUGGCCUAAACGAUAUCGGGGAGAGUCUUCUUUUGGAGAAUUAUCAAAGAAACCUCGCUUGCCAAGGCGAGUAUGCCGGUGUUCGAAGGCGAGCAAACCUAAGAGAUGAACAGAUGAGCAAAGUCCUAAUUUUACACAGGAUACAUGACCGGUGCGUUGCAAUACUAGGAGCGCUAUGGCGUUCAUCAUGCAACGAGAAGCCAACCGGUUCUGCGGUGUCCGGUAGCUCAGAGGCUAUUUUCCUCGGCAUUCUGGCUAUGAAACGAAAAUGGCAGGCAGAAAACGGAGGUAUUGUCUCCCCGAAUGGUUCAGCCCUCAAUAUAAUCACAGGAAGUCAUGCCCAUGUCGCUGUGACAAAUGCGGCCAGAGCAAAUGACAUCGAGAUUCGUACAGUGUCAGUAGGACCAGAAAGCAAUUACAGCUUCGACCCGUCAAAGAUACAGGGACUGUUGGAUAAUUCUACCAUCGGGGUUGUCUUGACAUUGGGUAAUACAUAUACGGGACAUUUUGACCCAAUUGAGAACACUAGUAUUGUUCUAGACAACUACGAACAGUCAUAUGGUCGUAGUAUUCCCAUUCAUGUUGAUGCAGCUAGUGGUGGCUUUGUUGCGCCAUUUAACGGUGGGAAAUCUAGUCGAUGGGACUUUGCUUUGCCUCGUGUCGUUUCUAUCAACGUGUCCGGACAUAAGUUUGGCCUUACAGCUGCAGCUUUGGGCUGGAUUAUAUGGCGCGAUCGGAAAUUCCUGCCCGCGGAUUUGCUCCACGAAUCCUCCUACCUUUCAGGACAUCACGAGCUUCCAACACUUCGAUACUCUCAAUCUUCAAGCAACUUAUUGAUCCAAUACUAUCAAUUGGCUCAUCUAGGUCAUCAAGGGUUUGAAAUCGUCAUUCAAGAUCUAUUAGAGCGAUCCAGUGCUCUAGGCAAGACCUUGGAAGAAACCGGGAUGUUCACAUGCAUCAGUGAAUCCCACAGGACCUUGGCAAACACGUUACCGGUAGUUGUCUUCCGUGUAAACUCUGCAGUACAAGACCAGCGCCCGGAUUUUACUGAGCAGUGGAUUAGCGAUCAACUCUUUAAUAAGGGUUAUAGUGUUCCAUGUUCUAAACUCCCCGUCGAUGGAGAGGACAUGAAGGUCUUACGAGUAGUUUUAUACUAA